GCGUUUCCACCCCACGCUUCCACGACGAACGACAUUUCCAACCGCGAUCACUGGCGAUUGGCCGACACAAUAACACCCGAUAGCAAGUCAACCAACUGACUCUUUGCUUCGUGGACCAGGCGCAGCCUAACGACCAACGUGACCAGCAAGCUCGCAGAGCGCCGGCAAUAUGUCGUACUUCUUUGCGCACCCCCUCGACAUCGACAUCGUCCUCGAGGAUGCCGACGAGCGCUCCAUGGUCGACGUCAAGCUCGACAAGAACAGACGCGAGAAGGCUUCCCUGUACAUGGAUGGCGAGUCCGUCAAGGGCGCCGUCACCGUCCGCCCAAAGGAUGGCAAGCGUCUCGAGCACACCGGCAUCAAGGUCCAGUUCAUCGGCACGAUAGAAAUGUUCUUUGACCGCGGCAACCAUUACGAGUUCCUCUCCCUCGUCCAGGAGCUUGCGGCCCCUGGUGAGCUGCAGCACCCCCAGACCUUCGACUUCAACUUCAAGAAUGUCGAGAAGCAGUACGAAUCAUACAACGGCAUCAACGUCAAGCUGCGCUACUUUGUGCGUGUCACCGUCUCCCGCCGCAUGGCCGACGUCGUACGCGAGAAGGACAUCUGGGUCUACAGCUACCGCAUUCCGCCCGAGAUGAACUCUUCAAUCAAGAUGGACGUCGGCAUCGAGGACUGUCUGCAUAUCGAAUUUGAGUACUCCAAGAGCAAGUACCAUCUCAAGGAUGUCAUCGUGGGUAGGAUUUACUUCCUUUUGGUGAGGCUCAAGAUCAAGCACAUGGAGUUGAGCAUCAUCCGGAGGGAGACGACCGGUGCGGCGCCAAACCAGUACAACGAGAGCGAGACUUUGGUGCGGUUUGAGAUCAUGGACGGUUCACCGUCAAGAGGAGAGACCAUUCCCAUCCGGUUGUUCUUGGGAGGCUUCGACCUGACACCCACAUUCCGCGAUGUCAACAAGAAGUUCUCUACGAGGUACUACUUGAGCCUGGUGCUGAUUGACGAAGAUGCUCGGAGAUACUUCAAACAGUCUGAGAUUAUACUAUACCGCCAGGCUCCCGAGCUUGCCAACGGAGCUGGCCCGGAUGGACUACCUGCACCACCCGAGGACAAGAUAACGACGGUCCCGGCAGAAAGGUAGUAAAUGCAGUUUCGAUCUCUUGCAGCUUGUUUCGAGUUGCCUCGUGCAGUCUCCCCAUGAUACCUCAUGUGCCACUUGAGGGCUUAUUCCCAUCAGUCCUAUCCAUACUUUAGCAUUGUUUCGGCGUUUUAAGGUCCUAGCUCUUCUUUAAGAUGGCUUAUGUUAAUGCAAUAAAACUAUAAUGUUUUCUG